CCAUAUCCUUCCCUUGGAGUAGAAAGAGAGAGAUUGCAGUGAACCGAAACCCUUAUUUCCAGCCUCUCCGACCUUGCGAUCCGAGCGACUGAACCAUGCUUCGCCACGCCACCCGUGUCCUCUCCCGAUCCGCGGCCGUCGCCAGGGCUCGACCAUUCUCCACCGACCUACAGUCUUCUUCUAAGAUUGACGAGUCGUUCGUGUCGGCAUGGAAGAAAACGAUCCCUAACAUUGACCCACCAAAGACUCCUACUGCCUUUAUGAAGCCACGGCCAGCAACACCCUCGUCGAUCCCUUCAAAGCUUACAGUCAAUCUCGUUCUCCCAUACGGGUCGGAACUAUCAGCUAAGGAGGUUGAUAUGGUUAUAGUGCCAGCAACAACAGGACAGAUGGGUGUUCUUCCUGGGCAUGUUGCAACAAUUGCUGAGCUGAAACCAGGCGUUCUAUCUGUGCACGAGGGAAACGAUGUGAAAAAGUACUUUGUGAGUGGCGGGUUUGUUUUUGUCCAUGCAAACUCAUAUGCUGAUAUAAUGGCCAUCGAGGCAGUGCCUAUCGAUCAAUUCGACUCAGCCACGGUCCAGAAGAGUCUCGCAGAUUUCAACCAGAAGUUGAACUCAGCAUCAACAGAUGCAGACAAAGCAGAAGCACAAAUUGGAGUGGAUGUGCUUAGUUCACUAAACUCGGCUCUUGCAGCCUAGUUUUUUCGUUUUUUGACAUUCUUAAGUUGGUUCUUCCUUCCUCCAUCAUUUUAAUAAUCUGCAAUGUAUUUCGCCUCCUUAAUGUUUGUGGGAGAAAUUAUUGGGGUUGUUUAUGUUGUUAUCUCCAACCUUAACAUAUAUUGCCUCAAGUUGAAUACCAAUUCCUAUAAAACUUUCAGAGUAUAACCUUUGAAACUUGUUUGCUUUAACAUUUAAUUGAUUUGUGUUGCUGGUGUGCUUGAUCAAUGGGUUCUGUAUAUCUGUGGUUGUUUUAUUG